GCGUGGGCGUGCCCAGACUAACCCCACUCACUGUUGCUAGCACAACUAGCGCUGUUUUGAUUCCUGUCCUUCACAAUGAUGUCGUACUGACGUGUUGUUUUUGUGUUAUUUAAUGGCGUUAAUGUUAAACGCAGACCGCGGAGCCCGUGCGGAAGAUUAGAGGAGAUUUGACGUGAUGGAUGUCCAGUGGCGUGGCUGACGCGCGUGACACAUGCGCGUCCACCGCGGCUCAGCGCUGUUAUAAUCGCUCGUAAAGCCGUAUAAUCAGGUUAAUCGGCAACCCUGUGAAGUUAUCGCGCAAGCAUUAAUGUUGUCGACAGUCACCCCUGAUCUGUCUCCAGAGACCCCCCUACUCGGAUCCCUUCCAAUCCCGGCGCCUCGACCCCAAGCAGCGACCGCUGCCCUCCCCACGGCCCCCCUUCCACGUCCUCACAGAAAGUACAGUGAAGCAGGGCACGGCGGCCAGCCGGCGCGCGGCAGCAUGGAGGUCGGCAUGCGCGUGGUUCGCGGCGUGGACUGGAAGUGGGCUAACCAGGAUGAUGGCGAGGGCCACGUGGGCACGGUGGUGGAAAUCGGGCGUCAGGGCAGCACCACCACGCCUGACAAAACCGUAGUGGUGCAGUGGGACUGCGGAACUCGCACAAAUUAUCGGACAGGCUACCAGGGCGCCUAUGACCUACUUCUCUAUGAUAACGCACAGAUAGGUGUCCGACAUUCAAAUAUCAUUUGUGACAGCUGUAAGAAGCACGGCAUUAUGGGAAUGCGCUGGAAGUGUAAGGUGUGCUUUGACUACGACCUGUGUACUCAGUGUUACAUGAACAACAAGCAUGACCUGACACACGCCUUUGAGCGCUAUGAGACGGCACAUUCACAACCAGUGAGUCUCACACCAAGACAGAACCUGUCCCGAAUCAUUCUGAAAGGAAUCUUCCAGGGUGUGAAGGUGGUCCGGGGACCCGACUGGGACUGGGGCAACCAAGAUGGAGGUGAGGGAAAGGUUGGGAAGGUGGUGGACAUCCGCGGAUGGGAUCAGGAAUCGGGUCGCAGCGUGGCUAGCGUUACCUGGUCCAACGGAACCACAAACGUCUACAGAAUGGGUCACAAAGGGAAGGUGGAUCUCAAAUACGUCUCUGAUGUUCAAGGAGGAUUUUACUUCAAAGAACAUCUGCCCAAAUUAGGUGAGCAUGCGGAGCUCCAGCGGCAGGAGAGCGCAGACAGUCACUCAUUUCAGCAGGGUGAUAAGGUGAAAUGCCUGCUGGAGGUGGACAUCCUCAGACAGAUGCAGGAGGGACACGGAGGCUGGAACCCCAAAAUGGCAGAGUACAUCUUCAGAAUCGGCUCAGUGCACAGGAUAACAGACCGUGGAGAUGUCCGGGUGCAGUACAGUAACAACAUCCGCUGGACCUUCCACCCUGGAGCUCUAACUAAGGUCAAUAGUUUUGCUGUAGGCGAGCUGGUGAAGGUUCUUGAUGACAUCGAGUGCGUGAAGAGGCUACAGGUCGGUCAUGGAGAGUGGACAGACAGCAUGGCUCCAGCUUUGGGUCAGGUUGGGAAAGUGUUGAAGGUGUAUGCAGACGGAGACCUCCGCGUGGCUUUCGGAGGACAGACGUGGACCUUUAACCCUGCAUGUCUAUCCUCUCAGUCUGGGGAUGUCGAUGCCAAUCUGAUGACUGCGGACAACUCCAGCGAAUCAGGAAGUACGGUCAUUUCAGUGCUAGAGAAGCUUCUCUCUCAGGCGACAGAGCAGGAUCACCCGGGCCGACUGGUCAUCGAGGCAGCUCAUGGAAGGGCAGUUAAAGUGCGGGAACUGCUUCAGAAAUACCCGGACAAGGUGGAUAUAAAGAAUCAGGGUAAAACGGCCCUGCAGGUGGCUGCCCAUCAGGGUCAUGUGGAGGUGGUGAAGGUUCUCCUGCAGGCCAACAGCAGCAUUGAAGCUAAAGAUGAAGACGGAGACGCUGCGCUACACUACACAGCCUUCGGGAAUCAAGCCGAGAUCGCACGUUUGCUGCUCAGUAAAGGAGCGAGUGUGAAUCUGCUCAAUAACUCCAUGUGUACGGCCCUGCACAUCGCUGUGAAUAAAGGCUUUACAGAUGUCGUGAGAGUGUUGACGGAGCACUCGGCCGACGUCAAUCUGCAGGAUUCAUAUGGAGAUACACCCUUACAUGACGCCAUAGCUAAAGACUUCAGGAGCAUCAUUGAGAUUCUCACCGUGGUGCCUAACAUUGAUUUCAACCAAAAGAACAACCGCGGCUUUAACCUGCUGCAUCACGCCGCACUGAAGGGCAUCAAACUAGCGACUGAGAUGAUCUUGGCUCGAGCGAGACAGCUAGCUGACGUGAAGAAAGAAGACGGUUUCUCUGCACUGCAUCUGGCUGCUUUGAACAACCAUCGUGAUGUAGCUGAGAUACUCCUGAAAGAGGGUCGCUGUGACAUCAACAUCCGUAACAACCGCAACCAGACGCCUCUCCAGCUGGCCGUGACUCAGGGUCACGUGGCUCUAGUGACCCUCCUGGUGACGGAGGGAGCGGACGUCAAUGCGGAGGAUGAGGACGGAGACACCGCCAUGCACACGGCUCUCAGCCGACAGCAGCUGACCACCGUCAUGAGCAGUUCUGAGGGCGAGGGCGAGGUGCUCUACAGCAGGUUGUGUAGCUCAGGGCUGAUGGGAAACACAGAACUGAAUGUCGGUGCUGCUAUUGCCUGCUUCCUGGCGCAGGAAGGGGCCGAUAUGAAUUAUGCCAACCAUAAAGGUAAAAGCCCGCUAGACCUGGUGACAGACAGCAGCAUACAACAACUCAUCCGGAGCUUCGCAGAGAAGCACAGACUUCAAGCGGUCACGUCCGGCACUGGGACGAGCAGCAGCAGCAGUCUCAGGCGAGUUCACACCACACCCAACACCAUGACCAACCUGGCCAUGCCCAGCACCACGGGUCCCAGCGAGUGCCUCAUCUGUUCAGAGCUUGCCCUGCUCGUGCUGUUCUCUCCGUGUCAACACAGCGUCGCCUGCGAGGAGUGUGCUCACAGAAUGAAGAAAUGCAUUCGGUGCCAGGUGACAAUAACCAAGAAAAUUCGUCAAGAUCAAACCGAGGUUGAGUGCAGUCCCAGCUCAGAGAACUCCGAGCAGCACAACCUGCUGGAGCAGCUGCAGUCGCGCUACAGGCAGAUGGAGGAGCGCAUAACAUGUCCCAUCUGCAUCGACAACCACAUCAAGCUGGUGUUCCAGUGCGGCCACGCCUCCUGCAUCGACUGCAGCUCCGCCCUCAAAACCUGCCCCAUCUGCCGACAGACCAUCCGCGAAAGGAUCCAGCUGUUCGUCUGAGGAACGCCGGCCGCCUUUUUCUCGUAGUGGUCGCGUGGCUGUUCUUCAAACGGAGCUAAAGCGGUUGCCUAUUUGCGCUUCAUAGUCUGUCGAGCAUCAUCAUUUAGAGGCAGUGCUGGAUGUAUGGCCCUCUCAUGCCAGACAGCGGGAUAGAGCGGAUGCCAAAUGGCUAACCAAUGAGAACAUGUGCUUGUCUGUGUGUGUGUCAUGUGAUGCGUCACCAGGGUUGUCAUCCACUGGUACCGAAAAUUUGACGGAAGAGAAUUUCUACACGUUUCUGGAUUUGUCAGAUGUGUUUCUCCGCUCGUCCUGGUAGCGCGAUGAGAUCUUUACCCGUCGUGAGGUGUAGAGGUUCGUUCAUAAACGAUCGCCAGAUGCUGUUCCAUGCUGCUGAGCUUAAAUGAUACGAUAACAUUGAAAGACACAGCAUGUGCGCUUCAGACAUACGGUGGGCUGUGGCGCAAAAAGACGCUCUUUUAGGUAAAUCUCACAAAACCUGAACAGAUGGAGCAUGUCCGGAUUAUAUUUCACCCUAAAAACAACAGGAAAAAAUAAAACAAAUUAUAUUUUGCAUAGAGAAAACGAAGCGUGUUUUUUUACCAUCACUGCAAUGUGACCGUUUUAAUUGUAAAAUGUUUAUCAUCAUAUAGUAUUUAUUGUAUUGAUUUAUUAAAUGAUAAUAAAAUAGGUCACAUUGCGAAGAAAUAGACAUGCAAAAUAUAAUGUCUUAUUUUUCUCUUAUUUUCUUUUGGAUGGAUCCAGAGAUAGCUGCUUCCUCCUAACUAAAAUCUCAAACAUUCUGAGAUCCUCUUAAAGUACAGUCCACCGUGUUCUAUUCUAUGGUGGUUCAGAGGUUUAUUAGCGAGAGGGUGAUGUUGUACAGCUGCCUGUAACAUAUGCCUGUACUGCGUCACUCGCAGAUCUAGAAGCUUUCCACAAGCGAGACAUAUACAUAAUGCAUGCUGGCGAGAGUAUUAUCUAUGUCAUAUAUUGUGUCAUGGAAACCAUGUGUAGUGUUAUAAGUACAGGCGUUGUGUAAUUUCUACCCAUGUGUGGUGAUGGCUGUGUGUCUGUGCAAGGAUCUGGAUGAGAGACCCCUUUCGAGACCCUUGAUAGUAAUCUAGUAAAUUAACCCACAUGCAAAUUUCCCGCAUAAUGGCAAAGAGCCAUUUCAUUCUUCUUUGAAGUACAAAUGUCUUUAUUUUGAUGAACACAGAGAAAGAUAUUUGGAAGAUUGCUUGUUACCAAACAAGAUUUUGCCGCCAUUGACUCCUAUAGUCGGAAAAAAUACAAUGGUAGUCAAAAGUGCCCCAGAACUGUUUGCUGUCCUACAUUCUUCAAAAUAUCUUCUUUUGUGUUCAACAAAUUUUUUCCUACUAUGGGAGUCGAUGGGGGGCAGAAUCUGGUUUUAUAAGCAUGUUUUAUACUUCUGAUAGAACAUGAGCUUGUUUACUAAGGACACUCGGAUAACGGCGAAUUUAGGACUGUAGGAGAUUGAACAACGUAGAUUUAAAUUGAAAGAGUUUAUCCUCACUAGGUUAUUCCGAGUAGAGUGUUGAAAUUCUCCCAUAGCCAUUCUGAAUUUGGCCUUGUUUUGGCGUCAAUGCAUCUCCUUGUGUAUUCUUACCGUCAAUUAAGUGUUUUUGUUCCAGAAGGGCUCACUGUACGCAUAUACGAAACUGAUUCUAUUUCAAUGUGUUCAUCGUCCUGUUACGGCUGUUUUUGUAAAUCCCACUUUUGGGGCUAGCCAAUGCAAAGAUUUGGAUGUCAGAAGAGGUAUCUUGCUUUCAUGAUGGGGAAAAUAGUGCCAAAAUGUGUCAAAGUGCGCGAAAGAGCACAGUUAUGUACAAAAGCAUCAUGUCCUUCUUUGUACUAUUUAGAUAGUGAACGUCAUUGGUUCUUGUUACAAGGAUGCAUUAGUUACCUUGAGUAGUCGUUUUUGUUUUCAGAUUUCUGAAAGCGGAAGAUUUGUGUUGGUUUAUUUCAGUUAAAAGGACAACAGUAGGACAGCAAAGACAGCCUCGGCUUUAAAGAAUAGAAAGACUUUGUGUUGUCAGUAUCUGCUACCAGCUCCCAGUGUACAGUACAGCGUGCGUCUUUAAGGCAUCUGUUUACAGAGCUCCAUUCCACUGAAAAGAACUAUUAAAAGAUUGCAAUGUCAUUUAUGUUACUGUUAUAUAGAAAGUAUCUUACAGUAAAGUUUAUAUUAUGAUGUAAGUGACAAAACGUCAUAUGCAAUACAACGUGCCAUAAAGUACAUACGUGCAUUAUGGUUUGCAUUUUGUGCAUUCAGAUACAUUGGGGGGGUCAUAAUUGGACGCUGAAUUCCUCCAAUAAUUUGGCUAAAUAAAUGAUUAGAUGAACUUGAUAUUUUACUUAUGUUUCAAUAAAAAAUGUUUGUUUCGUUUGACAAUCUAGAAUUCUCCUGGUACUGUCAAAUCAAUACUUGAUGUGCUGUACAUAAUUCAAAAAAGUACGGCCAAAAACACAGUAUUUAUAAGGUAGUGGAGUAAUGCUGAGUUUUGCAUUAAGGAACGUGUGUCAAAUAAUUAUUUAAGCAAAAAAAAUGAUGUCUGUACAGUAUGUGGAGCUUUAAUGUUGGCCUUACUGUCCUAUAUUUAUUUUUCGUUUUUUUCAUUCCUUUUUUGGUCUUACACUUUUCUUUUUUCCAGGUUUUACUCUGUACAAAUAUUUUGCAGUAAAUAUUGAACUGUUUUAUAAACAUA